UGAGGAGUAGCCGAAAAAAAGAAAGAGUAGCAGCAAAGUCGAAGAGGCGACGUUUUAAGCAAUGACGAGAGAAUAGAGGUCGCAGUGAACACUGGUGUCGCUUCGUCGCAGCCAUCACCACGAGAAGAAGGAAGGAACGGCAGGCGGCAGCUUGGCUUCUGUCAAAGAGCGGAAGGAUUCAUGGAAGCGGGAGAAGGAGAGAGAGAAUCGACGAGCAACGGUGUAGAAGAUGUGAAGGAAGGGAUUGCCUCCAUCGCCCUGUUGCCGUCCGGGUCCCUCUCUGGUCACUUCAUCCACCUCCCUCCCUCCAUCUGCUACGGCCUCCAUGGCACAGAGCUGGAGUGUGAGAGGGAGUGCAGUAGGGGUGAGGACUACCGUCUGAUCAAGCUUACCAUCACAGAUUACAGUAGCAAAAAAGAGCAAGUUCUCAUAGUGGAAUGCAGGGGCCAGGACGCGGCUCGGUUCCAGAACAUUGAGCAUGCACAUGGCUGGGAUAAGGAUGUUGUUGGUCUAGUGGAGCAAAAGCAUGGAAGGAACAAGAUCUCACUUACCUUCGAGUGUGAGACGCUCAAGGCUGAGAAAGCGGCGGAGGACCAUAUCAGACAAUUCAUGCCAAAAUUGAGCGGGCUUGAUGCUGUUGUUAACAUCGGGCCAAUGAGGAUUCGAGGCCUGGAUUUCAGUUUGGAAGAAGAGGAAUGCGAGUAGGAGAGCCCCAUUCUCUUUCCUUUUCUAUGCACCACAGAUUUUUUGGGGGUAAUAUACGCACCAAGAUCCUUGUAUCUAAAUUCAAGAACAUAUUAUAUCUAAAUGCUAUGUACAUUAAUCAUAUUUAUUUUGGGUUC